CAUAACUGUGGAUGAACAGCUGCUGGCAUUCAGAGGGAGGUGUCCAUUUAGGAUGUACAUCCCCAACAAACCUGCCAAAUAUGGAAUCAAGCUUGUCCUUGCCAAUGAUGUCCACAGCAAGUACCUCUUGGCAGGGAUACCAUACCUGGGGAAGCAGGUGACACAACCACAGGGUGGUCAAAGUCUUGGCCAUUAUUUCACCAAGGAGCUGACCAAGCAAUAUCACCAGACAAACAGGAAUGUGACCACUGAUAAUUGGUUCACCUCUGUGCCACUGGCGAUCGACCUGCUGGAGAACUGUGGCAUGACCAUUGUGGGGACGGUGAAAGCAAACAAAAGAGAGAUCCCACAUGUGAUGAAAGAUAAAGAAAAUCGCACGCCAGGCUCCAUUGCUUUUCUUUUCACCAAAGAACUAACUUUGGUGUCCUUCCUCCCUGACACAGCUUCAAAAAAGAAGCUUGUCCUACUCUUGUCAUCCAUGCACACACAACCAAGUAUUGGAUCCACUCACAAGCCUGAAGUGAUUGAAUUUUACAACCAAACGAAGGGAGGUGUUGAUACGUUCGACCAGAUGUGUGCUCACUACAGCUGUGCAAGAAAAACCAAGAGGUGGCCACUGUGUGUACUAUAUGGCAUGAUGAGCGCUGGUGUGAUAAACUCAUGGAUCAUUCACAAGGAGAAUGCCUUGAAGAGAGGUGACACACCAAUGAAGAGGAGGCAGUAUAUGCAGGCUUUGGCAAUGGCACUCAUCAAGCCAUGGGCAGAGCAGAGGCUCCCCUCUUCAAGUCUGUCCCAUCAGCUAAGAAUCCUCAUCUGCAGUGUGUGCAACAUCCCUACACCUGGCACUACUGCUAGCGAGGUUGGACCGGUGGCAGCAGAAAGCGGAGGUCCCUUAGUGAGGUGUGCUGACUGCCCCACAGGCUCGGACAGGAAGACACGACACAGGUGUCAUGUCUGCCGUCGACCAGUGUGCCCUCGCCAUUACUACCCUGCCUGUACUGACUGCAUGUAAGGCAUAAGUUAUCAGUGAUGCAGGAAGACAUGUCCCAGGAAUGGGUGGACCAAAGACCAAGUUCCCAGCAGCAUUAUUUUUUUUGUUAGGACAUUACCUGUUAAGGAUUACCUGAUUUUCCAAUAAUUUUUCUGCUUUUUUAUAGGGUCAUCCAUGGUAUCUUUUUUUUAUUUUAUGUGAUGUUGUAUGUUGUAAAAUUAAAGAAGGGUUCCAAAA